UUUACCUUCGACGAGGUUUGAGACGAGCCAACAUACAUAUCCAGCCGGUUUGAAUAACAACGUUAAAAACGUAAAGAUCACCGGCACAGUCACACACGGUAACCUGUUGGUUUUAACAUCACUCAGGUCAGAGAUAGUUAUAGAGUUUGAACAGUUCCUCUGGCAUGAAAAUCCAAACCUCAACAAACAAAUUAGCAUGGUGUGCCGGAAAAUUCUAAACGAAAAACAUCCACUUUAACCCAAAAGAAUGGAUGCAUAUACUAAAUUGGAUUGGUCAAAAAACCACCGGCGCAGCGAACCGCGUCUACUCGAGUAUUUUGCUAUUGAUUUCUCCAGUUACGAGGAGGACAUUUUCAAUCUGCACAUCAACGAAAUCGACCCGGUUCACCAACUUGCCGACGUAUUCAAAGACGAUCGGGUAGCGUUUGAAUACCCGAUUGAUCCCCGCAGCGGAACAGAAGUACGCCAGUUGGUGAUUGAUACAAGUAAGGCAAUUCGUCUCUACGAUCAGUUCCCCAGUGGAUCCCGAUUAAAUCGAGCCGAUCAUCAGCACUGUCUGACUGUGUUGAAUCGGCUGAACAUGCGGCUCGGUUUCGACACCGCAGACGAUCAGGAAGCACUGGCCAGAUACAGGAGUUUGAUUGGAAAGCUGGAGAAAGAGCGACAGCUUUUUGAUAGUUUCGUAAGGAAUUAUUUCAACAACAAUCUGGUUAGUCGGAAAAGGACAGUUGACCAAGAACUGGAUGACAUGGUGGUGAUGAUAUGGAAGAGAAAAGUGCAAACUAUGAUGCAAACAUUUGUUAACGGUAUAUUUCACCUGUCCACAGCUGUUAUGUGGCUUAAGUAUGGAAAAAAUGAACGAAACGUUUCUUUUGAACCCGUGUCGGAAGAUGUACUUGAAUUCGGACAGGUGAUGCAUAUGUAUACGGAAAACAUGUUGAGCUGUAGCACUCUGAAAAGGAGCACUCGCGUAUUAGACAAGUUCUUGCAGGAUCAGAGUAAUUCUGUUGCCGUCAGUGACUUCAGUUAUGUGGACACAAUUCUGAAGCAGGAUGACGAUGUGAGGUUUGUCAUCAAUUCCGGAACUUUAACCUAUUUAUUGGAUAAUGCCAGCAAUAUGCAAAGUCGGUGGAUGAUUCCAUUUCGAAUUGUAACUAUCGGCGAUCGAAAUGUUAUUUUUAUAGACAAAAAGUUGCAACCGACGAAGAUGAUGACUCACGAACGGAACAUUAAAGCUCAUAAAUAUUUAGUACGAAGUUUCAUGACCAUUCUCAAGAAAGAUAUGUGUCAAAGUACAGAUAAGAAUACCGCUAAUCAGAAAGCAAUGCCGGGGACAAGCUCUGAGUAUAAGGUUUAUUGUUUUGAUAAGUAUCUUAAGCUGAUAAAAAGCAGAAUGGAAGCAAAGGAUAAACUUGAACGACAUACAUGUCUUCGGUUAUGGAAACUCCAAGACAAUGACGAGCAAUACAGAUUUCUGAUACGAUCCCGGAUGGAUUGUUAUGAGUCUUUGCGAAAGAUGAAAUUUUUUAUCAACGUGUCAAUCAAGCUGGAGUAUCAAGCAGAGUUUGGUGCUGAACAAAUGACAAGAAGUGAGUUGAUUCGGGAAUGGACACGUCAGUUUAUGAGACCGAACUCGAAAACUCUUCGACUACGAAUUAACGCUGUGACGCAUACGAUUCUUUCUCAUCACUACUUGGAAUUAAGAGAUAUUGAAGAUGAACUUAAACGAACCCAUGACAUAGAACCAGCCAAUCUUAUAACCAACCUUUGGCAAACUUUAAAACUUUUAUUAAGCUUUCCUCCUGGGGAACAUCUUAUGCAGCAUGACAUUAAAAACCCCCAAACUGUGUUGAUUCUUUCGAAAGAUGCAAACGCAACUGCUGCAACUACUUCUGUAAACCUGAACGAAAUUUACUCAUCUGUGGAAUAUGAGAAAUGUGCAUUGGAAGAAUACGACUGGAUACCCAUUGACAAGACUGUCAUCACGAAGCUUCACCGCGAGCACACUUUGCUUCCUUGCACAUUCCCUCACUGGAACACGGUACAACACAUUAUUUCGCGGGAAAAUUUUAAACCGAAACCAAAACCAGUGCCGCUAGUGCAGUGCAAAUUGAAAACUAAAUCCAGAGGUAACAGGGUGCGACGUAAACAGAAAGAGCGAGAAAAGAAGCAGCAACAGAGAAAACAACAGUCUUUUGUAGCGAAAAUGCAACAGUCGCUGGAUCUGUUUGCCCCGUAUGCAGGUCCUUCUUGGGCUGCUGGGGCUGGAGGAUCAUUAUCGAACAAAUCAAUGGAGAAACCUGCUCUUGCCAUUAGUUUUGUGAAAUCCGAUUCAAUAGAUUACAAAGCGUACGUUGACCAAGCAAACGUACAAAAGCAAGAUCAAUAA